GAACUUACCAAAAGCCAAGUUGCAGACUUCAAAGAAGUCUUUUCUAAACUUGAUAAAGAUAAUGAUGGCUGCAUUACAGCUACUGAACUUGGUAUGGUCAUUAAUUCUAUUGGAUAUGACUUCAGUAAAAGUCAAUUACAAAGCAUGGUUGAUAAUGUUGAUUCCGAUAAGGAUGGUAAAAUUAACUUUGAUGAGUUCCUAAAAAUGAUGACUAUUAAAAUGAGUGAAUCUGAUAAUGACAGAGCACUUAGAGAAGCUUUUAAGGUUUAUGAUAAAGAUGGCAAUGGAUUCAUUACCGCUGCUGAGUUGAAAAGCGCAAUGGAAAGUAUUGGAGAAAAGAUUAGUUAUAAAGAGGUUGAAGAAAUGAUCAGUCAUGCUGAUCUUGACGGUGACGGAAGAAUUAAUUAUGAAGAGUUCAUCAGAAUGAUGAAUUCCUAA